AUGGCCGAGGUCAAGAAAUACCACCUGCCCCCGACCUCCAAGAUCCCCAACUCGCCCUUCCCACUGCUGCACUACCCCGGCUUCUUCCCCUCGCCGGCGUCGCGCGCCCCGGCAGCCGUGCACGACGCCUUCGCCGCCAACGGCUGGCAGGUCCAGUGGAUCUUCAGGUAUGGACCGACCCAGCAGUCGCACUAUCACUCGGCCGCGCACGAGUGCAUGGCCGUCCUCAGCGGCGAGGCCACCAUCCGCUUCGGCGUCGCUGACGACGAGGCCGGCGGCGGGAAUGGUGCCGACGGCGAUGGCAGCAGCGACAACACCAGCAGCAAGGGGAUAGAGGUCCACGCGCGCGCCGGCGACGUCUUCGUCCUGCCCGCCGGGCUGGCGCACAAGACCUUCCACCCGGACCCCAGCGACAGCACGUUCAAGCUCCUGACGCCGGGAGACGGCCACCAUGUCCCCGGGGCCGGUGAUGGGGUCGCUGGCCCUGGCCUUGCAGGCGUCGAGCUGUCCGGAUUCACCAUGAUCGGCGCGUAUCCCGUGGGUGCUGAGUGGGACUUCGCCGUUGGGGGCGAGCACGAGGGUCGGUAUCAAGAGGUAUGGUCGGUGCCGAGGCCCGAGCGAGAUCCUGUCCUCGGGACAGAUCCGGCUGGGUUGACGGGGCUUUGGGGCUGA